ACACCCUUCAAAAGUGUUGCUAAUGGGCUUUAAAGUUUGUUAAGGUAUUAACAGAAGUCUGUUGGAAAAGCCCCAUUACUGAAGAAAGCUACUUUAAAAAUGCCACCAAGAUACACUACCAAUUUGCGAGGACGUCUCCCUUGGGCAAUCCUUUUGUUGCAAACCACUUUUAUACUCAUUUUUUUGCAUUGUUUUCAGCAUGACUACACACCAAAUGCCAAGUAUAUCCAGAAAUAUCCAGCAUUUCAAGAUGUUAAUGUUAUCAUCAUACUUGGAUUUGGCUUUCUAUUUGGGUCUCUGAAGAAAUUUGUUUUUAGUGGAGUUGCAUUCAACUUUCUCAUCACGGCUCUUGGAAUUCAGUGGGCAAUCAUUGUGGAUUCUUUUCUUUUUCAAAGCACAAAGCCAUCCAUUAAUUUACACAGUUUGUGCAAAGGUUUGAUGGAUGUGGUGCCAGUUCUAAUCUCUUCUGGGGUUGUUCUCGGAAAGGUGAAUCCAGUGCAGCUGAUAAUGAUGGCAGCCAUUGAAAUACCUGUGUUUUGUGUGAACAGAUACAUUAUGGAAACUCAUUUGAAGAUGGAAACCCAAGUGAGCAUGAUGCAUGUGCAUAUUUUUGGAGCAUAUUUUGGAUUGGCAGUGUCCUGGUUAAUUACCCUACCUACAAUUAGUAACAAAGUCAAUAAAGAGAAAGAAAAAUCUGAUAGAAUGUCAGACAUUUUUUCAAUGCUAGGGACACUGUUCAUGUGGAUGUUCUGGCCAUCUUAUAACUCUUUAUGGCUUGAAAAACAUAAUGAAAUAAAGAAUGCCAUUUACAAUACUUAUUUUUCCCUUGCUACUAGUGCAGUUACUGUAUUUUCAGUAUCAGCGUUGCUCAACCCAACAGGAAAGCUUCAAAUGAGAAUCAUCCAUAAUGCUGUGUUGGCUGGUGGUGUUUCCAUUGGAUUCACAGCAUACAUGCUUCAGUACCCAUGGAUUGCAAUGAUCAUAGGACUUCUUGUUGGACUGAUCUCUACAUUAGGUUUCCAUUACUUUCAGGGACCGUUAAACACAGUUUCAUUAGUACACGAUACCUGCGGGGUUCAUUACACAUUUGGACUGCCUGGAUUAUUCGGGAGUAUAACCUACGUAAUAUUAAUCAUAACAGCAGAUUUCAGAAGCACCGCAAUACAGAGUUAUCAAGCAGUUACUGGAGUUGCGUGCAUUUGCUUAACGUUGGCUCUGAGCCUCGUUACUGGAAUUAUUACAGGUUUCCUGUUAAAAUGUAGGUUAUGGAAAGCACCCAAGGAAUGGCACUUCUUCCAUGAUCAACCUUAUUGGGAGGUAAGAGUAUGCUUUUCCUCAUUUGGCUUCACAUCUAUAAACACAACAAACAAGAAGGUGUACAAGUGCCGAUUCCCAGCUGGAACCCAAAAUAAAAUUAGAAUGCUUUGUUCUUGUAUUGCUGAUACCUCACCUCUCUUGGGUGCAGGGUGUGUUGUUAUAUUUGUGACAUCUAUUGUGUGAUAUUAAGUAUAACUCUAUUGAUGCGACGUGGAACUUGUUUCAUACUUAAUAACCAGAAUGUCAAAAUGUGACUUAUAAUAAUAAAGAGUAUUUCUAUAUUAACAUGAA